AGUUGGUGUUCAGCAGGUGGGAAGUUGUAGGACCUGCCCGAAAUACAUUUUAAAAUCCUCUUUAAAGUGCGUGAUCUUAAAAGAUGUAUCAGUUGCCAUUGUUACUGAUAUUUACUAUUCAUCUGGCUUCAUCCCAGUACUCGGAUGGUUCCGUUUACAGCACUCCAGCUUCUGUGCAGCACAACUGUAUAGAAAGAGAGGCUACUUCUUUUACUUUGCUAACUGACAAUAUAUAUCCCUGGAGCUACAUUUAUGCUAUUGGCAGGCUUGUUCUUCGGGUGUCUGACAGAUAUCCCUGCGGUGUCCGACAAUACAGAGCCAUAAAGCUCAACAAUACAAAUGUCACUGAAAAUGCUGUAACCACCAAGAUGGGAUUUUUAAGCACCAUAGAUAAUUAUAAUUUCUGGGACGUUUAUGACAGCUUUUUCAGUUAUUACAAUGACUAUAAUUAUUACGAGCAACAGUACUGCAAGCAAUCCCUUUUACUGGGACUGAAGAAGGCGCUUGACGACUCACCAGCUGGUGCCUUUAUACUGGUGAUCAGCAGUGGUUCUAUGGCGGACUCCAAUGACACAGUGCUGUUGAAUCAGAUAUUCCACCUGCUCGAGGAAAAGAAAUCCCAGGUUUUCUUUGUUGUAUAUAAUCGCUGUAACAUUAGCAGCACAGCGGAAAGUAUUUUUAAUGAAAUUGCAUCUCGGAGCUUUGGGCACAUUAUAAGUGUGGACGACUUCAGUAUAUCGCAGGUAGUCUACGGGUUGGAUUUGUAUCUUGCUAAACCCCUCAAUUCUUUACGUAUUAUGAAUAAAAAUUUAAACACCAAUGGCGUACACACAGAUGUGUUCAACGUUACAUCAUUAGCAUAUCUAUUAAUUACAACUGGCGGGAAUGCAAACUUCACUCUUGCUGACGGUACUGGAAACCGUGUUGAAUAUGAACAAGUUCUAUCACAUGUCAAAGGAAGAUCAUAUUUGGUGAGAAAUCCUAUUUCUGGAAACUGGUAUAUAGAAAUAACUAAUAAAGGGAACAGCUCUGUAAAGGUUUUGGGAUUCACUGAUCUUUUUAUUGUAGGAAAGUGCAGUAACUAUGAAUGUCAUCCAGAUGCAACCUGUGAAGAGUUUGGUGGAUACCAGCAGUGUACCUGCAGGCAAGGGUACAAAGGAGAUGGCAAAGUAUGCCAUGACAUAGAUGAAUGUGAAGAUUACUGGGUCCAUAACUGUAAUUUUGGCAAUUGUAUUAAUUACAUUGGAUCUUACAACUGUUCUUGUUACAAUGGAUUUGUUUAUGAAGAAGGUUUGGGUUGCGUUGACAUUGAUGAGUGUGCAAGUGCAGAGCUCAAUGACUGUCACCCAUUAGCUGUUUGUAAAAAUGAACUUGGAUGGUACACUUGCAGCUGUCCUUCUAAAUAUUUUGGAGAUGGAAGAUAUUGCGAAGUAAAUGAAUGUGCACAAGAAAACAACACGUGUUUUAGUAACGCAGACUGCAUAAAAACCUUUGGAUCAUUCAGCUGCGUUGACCCAUGUUUCAGUUACACAGUACUUGCUGAAGAAUGGAGGCUAACUUCUGGAAGAAAUUAUAGCCAAUGGUAUAAUUGUGACUAUUACCUAGAUGGUUGGUAUCGAUUCCAAGGCAAACACGAUCACAGAAUACCCGAACACUGCAUCCCAGAGUACAGCUGUGGAACCGAUAGCCCAAUGUGGAUUAAUGGCCUACAUCCCACGACGGAGGAAGGGAUUGUUAAUCGGACUGUUUGUGCCAGCUGGUCAGGGAACUGCUGUAUGUGGUCUUCUUCCAUUUUAAUCCGAUCAUGUCCAGGUGGAUUCUAUGUGUACAAAAUAAAAGGAACCCCAAACUGCAAUUUGGGCUAUUGUGUUGAGCCACAAUUGAGUGAGCUAAACUGUUCCACUGCUCACUGCUCUCCUGAUGAAGAAUGUACGAAAGUUAAUGGCGUCUCGGACUGUCACUGCAAAGAUGAAUCGUAUGAUAAUGGCUUGGAUUCAAAUUUCAAUUCAAAUUAUCUCAUGCCAGAACUUAAAUGUGGAUCAAACCAAAUCAUCUUGUCCUAUAGCAAGUGCAUUUUGGAGAGGAAUGGAUUUGAUACAUCGACAAUACAUUUAAGAGACCGCUCAUGUACAAGCUAUACUGAAAGAUGGGAUAAAAGCUAUGUCAGGAUUGAAAUGUUACCAAGAAGUGGUUCAUGCGGAGCACAGCUAUUAGUGAAUCAAUCCCAUUUAACUUAUGCAAACACUUUAUACAUUUCACCAAAAACUGAUGGUAUAAUUCAAAGAAGUGAGGUUCGGGUGAACUUUUCCUGUUCAUACCCACUAAACAUGGAAGUGAGUCUGUGGAUAGCUGUAAAUCCAUUUAUCAGUUCUACUUCUAUUAGCAUUGGUGGAACAGGAACAUACACAGCAAAGAUGGCUCUGUAUCAAUAUUCCGAUUACACGGCCCCUUAUGAAGGAUCAGAAGUGUGGCUGAGCGCAGAGUCCAUGCUGUACGCUGGCGUAAUAAUCGAAAACACCUGGGAGCCCAACCUUGUGUUGGUUAUGAGAGACUGCUAUGUAACACCCACUUACGAGAGCUGGAAUCCAGUAAGAUACUACAUUAUAAGGGACAGCUGCCCCAAUCGAAAUGAUCCCACCAUUUCCGUGGCAGAGAAUGGAAUAUCUCGGCAAGGACGCUUCUCAGUUCAGGUGUUUAAAUUCGUUGGGAACUACGACAGAAUUUACUUACACUGUCAGAUCCGCUUGUGUGAUAGAACCUCUGAGAUAUGUAAUCCGCAAUGCUUCAGAACGAGAUCCGUAUCUACCAACAGUGAUGCUAACACAACCAGUCUAACGCUUGGUCCUUUGCGUCUCAGAGCAUCUUCCGAAACAUCACAACCUGCAAUAAAGCCUGCUGCUUUGUCUUCGGGUAGAGCCAUAACAUCUUCGUUGGCCACUCUAUUAACGCUGUACUUACUCGCAAAGAUACUGAACUGAAGCUCAAUGAAAAUUGAAAGAGAAACUUGGCCCAUGGUUUAGUUAGUUUUAUGCCAAGUAUUUUCUUUAAAGGAAUGUUUGACGCAAACUAUUUGCAUGUUACCUAAUACAGUGUAUAUUAAAUGUGAUUCCUUUGUAUGAACAAUGAAGUGGUUAAUAAAUUUAGCAGAAUAACAA